GCAUCUCCCAGCUGUGUGCGUGCUGCCAUGAAGAUGUUAUACUGCCCCUACUGUUCGGGGCAGGUAGCUCUGAAGCCAUGUCAAAAUUACUGUCUAAAUGUGAUGCGCGGCUGCUUGGCCAAUCAGGCUGAUCUUGACACAGAGUGGAACAACUUCUUAGACGCCAUGUUGAGUCUGGCCGAUCGUUUGGAAGGUCCCUUUAACUUUGAGUCUGUCAUGGAUCCCAUUGACGUUAAGAUCUCUGAGGCCAUCAUGAACAUGCAGGAGAACAGCAUGCAAGUCUCACAAAAGGUCUUCCAGGGUUGUGGGCAGCCCAAACCUAGCAUGACAUUCAGAACCAAACGUUCGAUCAAAGAGACUGCAUUCACUGGGCGAUUCAGACCCUAUAGUCCAGACGCCAGACCCACCACAGCAGCCGGCACCAGCUUAGACAGACUGACUAGUGACGUGAAGAAGAGGCUGAAACAUGCUAAAAAAUUCUGGUCGACGCUGCCUGAGACUGUGUGCGCAGGAGAGAGGAUUGCCCCCGGAGAUGAGUGCUGGAACGGCACCGCCAAAAGCAGGUAUGAGUCUGUCGUCAUUGGUAACGGCCUGGCCAAUCAGGUGUCGAACCCGGAUGUGGAUGUGGACAUCACAAAGCCGGACAUCGUGAUUCGGAGUCAGAUCGCAGUGCUAAAGGAGAUGACCAGCUGGCUCAAAGCAGCACACAGUGGCAAUGACAUCUCCUUUGAAACAGAUGAAGAGGCGAGUGGAGGAGAGGAGAGCGGUAGCGGCUGUGACCCCCCCUCCUGCACCACAGACCAGGACAUCUACUUCAGCACUCCCCCCGCCCCCCGCCUGGACCCUGUGGUCAAGUCCCCCUCUGGCUCUGCAGCCUCCAGGAGAGCCAGUCUGCUUAUGGCUCUCUGCGCUCUACUCUUGGCUCUGCUCAUCCCCCACUGGAGAUAAAGACUACAUACGCAAACCCAGGAACGAAAAAAAAAACAAAAACUGUCAGAGACUUUAAAGCCUGCUAUCAAAACUUUGCAU